CUCUCCGAUUCUCCAAACUCCACGCCAAACCAAAACCGCUUCCUUCCCUUCUCUUCCUCUCCUCCCCUUCUCUUCCUCUCCUUCUCCCUUACGCAUUGUUUUGCUUCUCUUCCCUUGAUCGGAUCGACGGGAAGCCGCGCUGCUCCUCUCCCCGCCCUUCUACCAUGUCUGCCGACUCCAUCGACGAUUACUGGAUCGACGCCGGCGGAUCGGACGGCGAGCUGCGGUGCGCGAUCGAGAGCUUCUGCGGCAUGCCGCCUCACGCCGCCGCCGAGGUGGGAUGCGAGGAGGCUUGCGCAGCUGAUGGUCGUGCCGUCGAAAGCUCGAGGAAGAGGGUAAGAGAUGGCUCGUGCACUGGGCCUAAGUCGAAAGCUUGUCGUGAAAAAAUACGGCGGGAUAAGUUGAAUGACAGGUUCUCAGAGCUGUCUUCGAUCUUGGACCCUGGUAGACCUCCUAAGUCUGACAAAGCAUCAAUUCUGAGCGAUGCUGUUCGUGUUUUGACGCAGUUAAAAGCUGAAGCAGAAGAACUAAAGAAGUCAAAUGAAAAACUCCAAGCUAUGAUCAAGGAUCUAAAGGCGGAAAAACAUGAGCUUCGAGACGAGAAGAUGAAACUGAAGGCCGACAAAGAGAAGCUAGAACAACAAAUCAAGGCUAUGAGCAUGCCUCCAGCAAGCUACAUCCCUCAUCCACUCGCAUUCCAUCCUGAUGCUGCCGCCGCCCCAGCUGCAUUUGCUCCGCCUUGCGUCCAGGCCCCUCCAAACAAGCCAGCACACUUCGCGGCUUAUCCUGGCAUGGCUAUGUGGCAGUGGCUUCCGCCUGCCGUCAUGGAUACCACACAAGACACCAAGCUUUGGCCUCCUCAUGCUUAACAUCUCGCUGCCAACACUUAAAAUGCUAUUCCCUUGUUCAUGUCGCAGCAAGCAUGAGAGUUGCCUGACACUUUAAUUAAUCAACUCCUUGAAUUGCCAGCUUUGUAAGCCUCCAAAAUGUAAGAGUUUACCUGUAGCAUUUCUUUACAGCAGGUAAUGAAUGCUUCAGCUUAACCAGUUGGGGUUA